UAUCUGGACAAAUCCAAACUGAAGAGAAAAGAACACAAAUUACGCACAUCGAAACAAUUCCAAAAUCAAACACGAAAAAACCCUAGAAAAUUAAUGUCUGAUGUCUACUGCUCGGACUGUAAGCGGGCGACGGAGGUGGUGUUCGAUCACUCUGCCGGCGACACUGUGUGCUCAGAGUGCGGCCUGGUCCUGGAGUCGCACUCUAUCGACGAGACGUCGGAGUGGCGGACCUUCGCCAACGAGUCCGGUGACAACGACCCCGUCCGUGUCGGCGGCCCCACCAACCCACUCCUCGCCGAUGGCGGCCUCUCCACUGUUAUUUCGAAGCCAAACGGCGUUACUUCUGACUUCCUUUCAUCCUCACUUGGCCGCUGGCGGAAUCGCGACCCCGAUCGCUCCCUCAUCUUGGCCUUCAGGACCAUCGCUACCAUGUGCGAUAGGUUGGGCCUGGUUGCAACCAUUAAGGAUCGAGCCAAUGAGAUUUACCAGAAGGUGGAAGAUCAAAAAUCUAGUAGAGGAAGAAACCAGGAUGUCAUUUUGGCUGCUUGCCUGUUCAUAGCUUGUCGGCAAGAGGACAAGCCACGCACUAUUAAGGAAAUCUGCUCUGUAGCCAACGGAGUGACAAUGAAGGAAUUUGGCCAAGCAUAUAAUAAAAUAGUGAACCAACUAAAGCUUGAGAGGGGUCAAUUACAUGCUUGGGAUUUGAUGAGGCGCUUUUGUUCACAUCUUGGUAUGAACAAUCAAGCUGUUAAAGCAGCCCAAGAAGCUGUCCUAAAAUCAGAAGAGUUUGAUAUAAGGAGGACUCCUGUAUCAAUUGCUGCGGCUGUCAUUUACAUUAUAAUGCAACUUUCAGAUGAUAAGAAGCCCCUUAGAGAUGUUUCGAUUGCAACUGGAGUCACGGAAGGGACAAUCAGAAAGUCGUAUAAGGAUCUUUAUCCGCAUAUUUCCAAGAUGAUACCAAGCUGGUACACCAAGGAAGAGGACCUUAAGAACAUAUCAAGUCCUUGAAAAGAUUGAGCAGUGCGGGAAGAGUUGUUUCCAAAUUGGCACGGGAGAUCUUUCUUUUGGAUGUUGUGAUCGUCAUACAAGUUGUAUAAGGAUCUUUGUCCGCAUAUUUCCAAGAUGAUACCAAGCUGGUACACCAAGGAAGAGGACCUUAAGAACAUAUCAAGUCCUUGAAAAGAUUGAGCAGUGCGGGAAGAAUUGUUUCCAAAUUGGCACGGGAGAUCUUUCUUUUGGAUGUCGUGAUCGUCAUACAACCUAGUUCUGUUACCAUGUGGCUGCUGACUUUUUUUAUUUGCCUUUUUGUUGCUUAAUAGUUUGGGGGUGGCAGUACCCAGGGUUGUUACAUAUGUAGACAAACAACUGUAAAAAAAUAAAACCUAAUUAUUCUUUUUCCAAAAUCUCUCUCUGGAUGAUCACCAUAGAGAAAUGAAUGAAGCUUGUUGGCUUA